AUGGCGCACGUGGCGCGAGAGCUAGAUCUGAAUGCCUAUUAUGGACCCAGCACCAUCAUGGACAGAAUGAACGUGGUGCCGGGCUUAAAGACUAGCACCGCCUUCUUUCUCUUUCUGCGAGCAAAUCUCGUUGCCAACCCUUCGGCCAUGUCAACGCCGGACAUGGUGCCGGCAUCGUCACACGCACUCCCUCCUCCUUCCCCGUCGCCGCUCGCGACGGUUGAUCCGCCAAACAAUCCGGUACCCGACGACUUACCCCCCCUGUACGUCGGCGUCUUGAGCGACGAAGCCGACAAGGUGGAUGCGUUGAACCUGGUGGCAGACUCGAUAGCCCAGCAGCGGCAGUCGUCCUCGUAUCACUUAAUAUUCCACCCCUACCUACUAGCCGUGCUAGCAGCGGGCCUCGGUGCCGCGUAUCAGUACUCGUGGCGCGUGCGACGCGACCUCGGCACCGCGCUGAUGCUGCACGCGGGCGUGGUCAUGAUCUACCUGCUCAGCAUCCGCUACGUCACGGCCCAGUACAUCCGCGUGGCCGAGGACAUGCGGUGGAGCUGGCUGGCGUCCGAGGACGGGGAGCCCGACACCGUCAUCGGCGUCCGCUUCGGGCGCGACCUGAUCGGCGCCCUCGUGCUGCGGCUCGAGCCGCCGCCGCACGCGAGCCCGACCGGCAAGAAGCGCGGCCGCGCCGCCGCCCUCCGCGGCGGCAAGGGCGUCAUACGCGCCUGGACCGUCAAGCUGCGCUACCGCGGCCAGCGCCUCGGCGUCGACAUGCUCCACGAGGCCAUCCGCACGACGCGCGAGCGGUGCGGCCGCGACGCCGAGGUCGGCUUCGCGCGCGAGCACGCCAACAGCGCCCCCGUCCUCCCCGAGGCCUUCAACGGCCCGGCCCGCCGGAACGAGCAGCGCGCCGCCAAGACGCUCGAGAGGGUCCUCGCCGAUUGGGAAGGCAGCAGACGCAGGCGAAAGGUAUAG